AUGCAAUAUUAGGUCCUAUAUGCUCACAAAACUAGAGAAAAUUUUUGUGAAUGGGACUAUUAGGGGAAGAAAUGGAAACUAAAACAAUAAUACCAAGAAUAUAGAAUCAUCUGCCUGCUCAAAGCUACCUCCGAACUUCCAGAGCAGAAAGCUCCUCUUGAAUUCAGACACCCAAAAUUUGUUAAAUGGGAAGAGGAGUUUAAGAAAAAAUUCUUUAUAUGGAAUGAUCUAGCAAAAAGAUUUCACAAAUUCAUUCAACUCAAGAAGGUGGUAUAAACAAAUUCCUAUUCAAGGGAUAAGAGUACAUCACAGACUAUAAAUAAAUCAUACACUUAUGUUUAGAAAUACAUAAAACAAUCCAAACAGAAUUAACGGAAGAAGAUAAACAAAAUAGACCAUGAAGGAAGUUCAACAAAUUAACAGGGAUGACAUAAGAGAGGUAACUAAAAAUAUUGUAAUUUUCAAAUUAUAUUUUAGAGAAUUAAUUAAGAGGUAUUUCAUUUAGAAUGCCUAAGCUUAGAUAAAAGCAUUCCAAAAUUGAUUAAUAGAUUGACUGAUAAAGAAAUUAGAAUUUAACUGAACGGAGAUGGGCUAUUUAAGUAAGUAAAUUAAUAUUGAAACAUUUAGAAGAAAGUAUAACUAAUUAAAACUAAAUGA